GGGGUCGGUAAAUAUUGGUGACGUCACACCGCCAAGAUGGCGGAGGGGGAGGAUGGCGGCUGGUGGCGGAGCUGGCUCCAGCAGAGCUACCAGGCCGUCAAGGAGAAGUCCACAGAGGCUUUGGAGUUCAUGAAGAGGGACCUGGCUGAGUUCACACAGGUGGUGCAGCACGACACGGCCUGCACCAUCGCCGCCACGGCCAGCGUGGUCAAGGACAGGCUGGCAAGGGCAGAGGGCUCAGGUGCCACAGAGAAGGUGAGGAAGGGCCUGUCUGACUUCCUGGGGGUCAUCUCGGACACCUUCGCUCCCUCUCCGGACAAGACCAUAGACUGUGACGUUAUCACCCUGAUGGCAACACCCUCGGGCACCACCGAGCCCUACGACAGUGCCAAGGCUCGUCUCUACAGCCUCCAGUCCGACCCAGCCACCUACUGCAACGAGCCCGAUGGCCCUGCUGAGCUGCUCGAGGCCUGGCUGGCCCAGUUCAGCCUGGAGGAGAAGAAAGGGGAGAUUGCAGAGCUGCUGGCCACCAGCCCUUCCAUCAGGGCACUCUACACCAAAAUGGUCCCUGUGGCUGUUUCCCACCUGGAGUUCUGGCAGCGCUACUUCUACAAACUGCAUUGCCUGGAGCAGGAUGAAGCCCGGAGGGAGGCUCUGAAGCAGCGAGCAGAGCAGAGCAUGCAGCAAGAGGAGCCAGGCUGGGAGGAGGAUGAAGAGGAGUUCUUGGGGAUGUCCCCCCUGCCUUGUGCAAACAUCACAUUUCCAGGAGCAGCACAGAAAGCGCCCAGCCCAGAGGGACACCAGGCUGCUGCCCCCAAGGCUCCCUGUGGGCAGAGCUGGGCUGUGCUGCCCCCAGAGCAGGUGCCAGGGGAGCAGAGCCCCUCGGAGAGCAGCGACAGCGCGUCCCUUGUGACUCAGAUUGCAAACCCUGCCCCUGUGCCUGCCACCCAGCUACAGACUGCAGCUGCAGCCCCAGAGCUCUGCCAGAGGCUGGUGGAGGCCACCUUGGAGGAGCAGAGCUCGCUGCCAAAGCCCCCAGAGGCUGCUCAGCCUUGUGCACCUGGCCAGCCAUCAGCAGCAUCCUCGGAGCUGGCAGCUGGAGCAGAGCCCAGAGAGAUGGAGAGCAGAGGGCAGGGCAGGACAGAGACUCUGAGGGAGGAGGGACCCACGGACCUGAGAGUCUUCGAGCUCAACUCGGACAGCGGCAAAUCCACCCCCUCCAACAACGGCAAGAAAGGCUCCAGCACGGAUAUCAGCGAGGACUGGGAAAAGGACUUUGAUCUGGACAUGACGGAGGAGGAGGUGCAGCUGGCACUGUCCAGGGUGGAAAUGUCUGGGGAGCUGGAAGAUGAAGAGUGGGAAGACUGGGAAUAAAGCAGCUGCUUGCAGUGUGUGUCACAGGCUCAUUUCCACCAUCCAGUGUGAACUCAGACUUGGACCAGCUGUUCCUUUGUGUGUGACUGUGCUGGGGCUGCACCCCCAGCCUGGAGGAGUUCCCAUUCCUGCAGAAACCUGGGGGCAACUCAGGUGACCCCUGCAGCUCCAGGAGGAGGAAGCAGGAGGUCACUGGCACACAGGAGCCCGACUUCUCCACAGAUCCUAGAGACUGGCCAAGCCAAAAGUGACCCUGAGGAGGCAGAGUGAGGGGUCCUGGGGCCAGCUGGGCACUCAGAGCCCUGCCAGGUGUGCUGGGUGCUGCCAGGCUGCCAGCUGGCUCCUUCCCUGCUCGUGUGUGCACGUGGAACCCUCACCUGAGAGGCUCCUGGACGUGGCUGUGCCUGCUCUGCUCACUGCUCUGCAAUUCCCACCCAGGGAGAGCCUGAGGGCUGCAGGUGCUGCACAAAAAGCACUUGGCUCGUGGCUUUGACCCUGGAAGGAGCCAAACCCCUGCCAAACCCUCAGCUUCUGCCUGGCUUUUUGUCUUGGAAGCUUUUUCUCAUGGAAAUUCCCAUUUCCAGCAGUUCCUCCAAGAGCCAAGGCCUGCUGCUCUCCCCCCCUUUGCAGCUGCAGCACCUUCCUGCUCUGGGUUUUGUGUCUUUCUAGUUAAGUUCUCCAAGGAGAAUCCUCGUGGCUCGCUCUUGCUGCUGGGCUGGCAGUGCUUUGGAUCAGGUGGGGACAGAACCUCUGUGUUGGUGGCACUGGUUUGGGUCAGUUUGGGACAGAACCCCAGUGUUGGCACUGGUUUGGAUCGGGUGGGGACGGAACAUGGUGGCACUGGUUUGGGUCAGCUGGGGACAGAACCUCUGUGUUGGUGGCACUGGUUUGGGUCAGCUGGGGACAGAACCUCUGUGAUGGUGGCACUGGUUUGGGUCAAUUUGGGACAGAACCCCAGUGUUGGUGGCACUGGUUUGGGUCAGCUGGGGACAGAACCCCGAUGUUGGUGGCACUGGUUUGGGUCAGUUUGGGACAGAACCCCUGUGAUGGUGGCACUGGUUUGGGUCAGUUUGGGACAGAACCCCUGUGAUGGUGGCACUGGUUUGGGUCAACUGGGACAGAACCUCUGUGAUGGUGGCACUGGUUUGGGCUGGCAGUAAUUUGGGUCAGUUGGGGACAGAACCCCAGUGUUGGUGGCCACUACAGCCCUUGCCAAGGUCCAGCCUGGCCCAAAGACCACCUCAACCUCAGCCUGGCCAGCCUGGGGGGACAGAGGCUCCCAAACUGGGGUGUCCCUGUUGUGUGUCCCCAUCUGAGCCCUGUCCCACCCGUGCCAGCCCUGCAAGCCACCACGAGCUUUGGGUUCCUUCACUCAACCCCUGGCACUGUUUGCUUCACUCCUUCAGCCCCACAGCUCCUUUUUGGGGCAGUUUCAUGUCACAAGAGGAGAUGUUGCUCCUGCACAGUUAUCCCAAGGGGACAGAGCCCUCCCUGGCCUUUGGGGUGCUGGGGUGACACUUUCUGCCUUUGUCCUGGGGGUUUCCUGCUGCCUUUGGACAGCACCAAACGAGGUGCACUUGGAAGAGUUGGGGUUUUGGGGUUGGCUUUUCCUUCUUUAGGUGGGAGCAUCCCUGUCCUGCCACAGCCCUGGGUCCAGCAGAGCCUCUCCUUGUCCUGGCUGGGAUUGUGGAGGGCAGGGGACACAGGGGACAUCGAUGGGGACAUCCCCAGCUGGUCCCACAGCAGAGCUCGAGGCUGCAGCAUCUGUGUCACUUUCUUUCCUUCUUUUAGUGGAAUUAACCGUGGGGUUGGUUGUGCAAUAUUCUCUCUGUUCUUGAACUAUUCCACAUCUCCCUGAGCCUUUUCUAGCUGGGGUGACAAACCAGGAACAAUUCUAACAGCUGCUGGUAGUUUUGUAACAAAGACUUUCUCCAAACCUUUUACAGACUUGCAGUUAACAGCGAUUAAAGGAGUUCUCAGAGUC